AUGGAUUAUCGCGGGGCCUUGCGCAACCUCACAGAGCCACUCACCCACCCAGUCACGGUAUUUACCCGAGAGAAUGGUGCAUUACCUGGCUUCACAACAUCGUUAUACUGCCGCGGUUGUCGGACCCGCUAUUAUCCCAACUAUUAUGUUCACCACAACGCCACUCAUCGAACAUAUUAUGUUGAGCCUCAUGUAAUCACCGUGCUGGAGAUCGGCGACCAUUACUAUAUCGAACGGAGCCUAUGUACAUUGUUCGCUAAUAUGAUGGUGAUGUCAUGGUGUUCAGCAACUAAUUGUGCACGUAUCUAUAACCAUGCCCUCACACGGCCAAGCCUCGAUCAGUACAUGCCUGCCAGCACUCUGAGGGACACAAGACGCCGUGAAAUGAACGUCGAGGAUGUCUGGACUGGCUUCUGUCUUGAUGGCCUUCUCCUUGACUUUGAGAUGCGACACCUUCAACUUGGACGACCAGAUACGCUUGAGCUACCGCAACAGGCUCCCUCUCAGAUGGAACGGAUGGCUACAGCACUGCGGGAACGUAAUCAUCGCAUGGAAGGUCCUGGAUCACCCUUUUGGAAUCACGCUUGUGACCUAUGCUGCAAGGUUACGCUUGGGGAUAGCAGGAAACCUCAGUAUGUCCGUGCUGCAGUCACUGAUGGGAUUACCAUUGGACACCCAUGCUGCGCCUAUCAUGAUUGCAAGACUCCGCUUCAUUCCGUCAAAGACCUUUGGUGCCCUGAGCAUGCUCACCUCAAACUCAAGUGUGUCGUUGUCGGCUGUGAGAACAACACCUCUACAGGUUAUCAAACAUGUUCCGAAGCAUCGCACCGUGCCCUUGAAGCCCAUCGACGAGAAGCAGCCAAGGCUGUGUUUCAACUGAAGGAGCGUCUGCGGCGGGCCCGAACAUCUCAGACUCAUGACUCCCUGUCGAUGGACACAGCCAGUCUUCCUGGCUCACUGGAUGGUGUUCUCGAGGGAGCUGGUCUUGACGAGGACGAAGAUGUUGUGGUGGAUGACCGUGGGAUUCAUUCAGGCAAGGAUCUCAUUGAUGACCUUCCUCCGAAUGAGGAUGUUGUCUGUGAUGGGAAACCUGCCGAAGGCAAUGUCCGACCGAAAGCUCGAUUUGGCCGCCGUCGAACCCAUAACGAAGAGCUUGUUGUGGCUUGUUGCGGGACUAUUCUGUCGCGCGCGACAUUCUUUGGUUCAGAAGCACCCAAUGGUGUCCGUAACUUCUGGGUUCAGUGUUUCCCGACUGAGAAGUCAAUGCCGCAAUUCAUGAUUCAUGAUAACGGCUGCAAGGUCCUGGCGAUGAUCGAGAAUGAUCCUGACGAUGCCAUGCGCGAGCGAUUCAAGAACAAGGCCAUCGUCGUUGAUGUUUUUCACUUCAAGUUGAAGCACAAAGAGUCUGACAACUUCUGCAGUACUCGAUGCAACCCUGCACAAUGGCCGGAACUCAUGGCCGAUGGUAAAUGGCAGUUCAACAUGUCUGCUGCUGAGCAGACCAACGCAUGGUUCGGUGGAUUCCAGGCAAUUGUUCGGGAGAUGCAAGUAGAUCGAUAUAAUUUCUUCCUUGAUGAGAUGAUUCGUCGACGCAAUGAACUUACCUAUAUGCAGCUCAAAGAGAAAGGGAAUGCGCCUUAUUUCAUUCCUAGAUCCACAUUACUUGAUCCGUAG